AUGUGUCUUCCUCGAGCUGUCUACCGUAAAACGGAACGGUCUCUUGAAAGUGCGUGGCAUGAUAGACCAUUUGCUUGCAUGUGCGAGGGUGAUACUCCCGCUGACCUUAUUGAGUGUGCUGUUGAUAUCGCUACUGGUGGUAAUGGACGAGGAUUCUCGCUCAGCACUAUGCUAUUCUUUUUAAUGUUGUCGAUAUUCGGUGUGAUGGCUGUCGUUUACUAUCGUAAACGCAACUCUUCUGGAGCUUUCACAGCUUUGAAUUUCGAUAAUCCAAUCUACCGACGAACGACAGAACCUGACAUGGAUGAUCCGUUUCGUGAUCCCUUCAGUGAUAAUAGCGUGCGUGUGCCAAGGAAUGCUCGACUUGUGAUGGCUGAUCCUGAAGAUAAUGUCCACAACUCAAUGAUUGAGCCCAUGGACCGUCCUUUGACAACGUGA